AUGUCUUCUGACGAAUAUACUGGUUCCAACCAUGAAUCACCCGAAUCCAAGAUCUCUCCAAGCCAGCACGUGGACAAAGAUGGCCACGAACUGACACAAAUCGAGACGGCGGCCACGGAAAUCAGGCGAAAUGCAUUGAAGGUAGUCCAUACCGACGGGACAGUCAAUUAUGUCGAUAACAAGGCUGUGGGCGGCGAUGCCGCAGAGAUGCCCGAAGGAUAUUUCAGAAGCGCACAGUUUAUUGGAACGGUUGUGGCCCAAUGUCUUGCAAACAAUGUUGCUUACCUGGGUUGGGUCUUGCCUGCCAAUACUCUCACUCUGAUCAACGCCGACCUCGGAAAUUCUGCAGACAUCAACUGGGUCGCAACGGUAUGGACCCUCGGUACUUCCAUUGGCUUCCUCCUCGUCGGUCGCAUCAGCGAUAUCUUUGGGCGGCGCGACAUGGUACUGGGCACUGGGGUCCUAGGCCUCAUUGGGUGUAUUAUUGGCUCAUGCGCGCAGUCCGUGGGCAUGCUCAUUGCUGCCAACUUUUGCACUGGUAUUGCCGCUGCCGGGCAGCUGUCCUUUGGUAUCGUGUUGGGCGAACUGGUCCCGAACCGAAUGAGAGGACCAAUCGUUACACUCGUCUUCAUGUCCUCGGCGCCCUUUGCCAUUUUCGGACCCAUCAUUGCCAGGCUCUUCAUCGAGAACACCUCCUCGCGUUGGCGAUGGUCUUACUACCUGGGUGACAUCUUUUCCGUUCUGGCCUUGGUUCUAUACUAUUUCCUCUAUCAUCCGCCCACCUACGAUCAGCUUCAUGUCAAUGGCAAGACCAAGAUGCAGCAGCUAAAGCAACUCGAUUACGUCGGCAUGUUUCUAUUUGUUGCAGGAUGUGUAUUGUUCUUAGUUGGACUUUCCUGGGGAGGCGUCACCUACCCCUGGGCAAGCGCGCAGACUCUUUGCACACUGCUUUUCGGCAUAUUCACACUGGCAGCAUUUGCAUUUUAUGAGGCAUACUUUUGCAAAGUGCAGCCUUUGAUGCCGCCACGUCUAUUCAAGAACACUGGCUUUGUCGCCAUUGUGGGCAUCGCGACCGUCGGAGCCAUGGUCUACUAUUCCUUCACGGUCAUCUGGCCCACCUUGAUCUCUUCCAUCUACACGACCGACUCGAUUCAAAUUGGACUACAAAGCUCAGUUGUUGGAGGCGGUAUUCUCGCUGGUCAGGUACUAGGAGGUCUCGCCAUCUCAUUUGUGCCCAAGGUCAAAGUUCAAACUAUUAUCGCAUCAGUAUUAUCCUUUGCUUUGAUCACGUCCCUGGUUUCCCUAGACAAGGAUAGGUGGGCGGCAACUAUUGGUAUCGGGACCUGCGCCCUGGUUGCUAUCGGUUUCAUCGACAACAUUUCGUUCCCCGGAGUCACUCUGGUCCUCGAGCCACAAGACAUUGGCCUAGCUACCGGAGUUAUGGGGUCCAUCAGAGCGCUUGGGGGCGCCGUCGCCCAAGCCUUGUACGUCUCUGUGCUCAACAACAAGCUCAACGACUACAUCCCGGCAUACGUAUCGCCCGCCGCAACCGAGGCCGGACUUCCGCAGACGUCCCUGGCGCAACUGUUUGCCGAUAUCAACACUGGCGGGACAUUUUCCGAGGUGCCCGGCAUAACGAAUACGAUUAUAGCUGCCGUUGGCGACGCUGUGGUUCGAGCAUAUACCGACGCCUUUAAGGUUGUGUUCUACUGUACCAUCCCUUUCUCAAUCCUGCUCAUCAUUUCGUCCGUCUUUGUACCAAACAUGGAAAAGUUCCUCGGUAGCAACGUUGCGAGGAGGCUGCAGACUGAUCGGACAGCCCGGAAAGAAAACAGUGAAAAGACGGCUCGUGCGGCCGAAGUCUAA